CGCACAACAAAACGUCGUCCUUCAACCAAAGAUCGGAGACCACAUGGCGUUUUUAGAAUUUAGAACAGCGUGUGACGAGAGUGACGACGGAGUCUCAAAGCGUGACAAUAGAGCGGCUUUGUGACAUGGAUGUGGAGGAUUGGAAGGUUCCUCCUGAACAUCCUGACCAUCCUACAAAGCUUGGUGCCUUUGAUGAAUCUUUAGACCAAUUGGAUGCUUCAAUCUCAUCGAUCUCACUACCAGAUGUUGAGCUUCGAACGGGUGUGGACCGGGUGGCUGCGGCCAUCACGGCCAUGACAGCACUGGAUCCCGAGAGCCUCCGCGGACUGCGGGUGAGUCGCUUCUUGAGACAGGCGCCGUGGCACUGGUGGCGCGGAGAGUUGUGGACGUUGUACCGCUUCACGGAAGCGGUGGACACCUUAGAGGAGUUCUGGUCCCACAGCUGGCGACUCGCUGCAUGGAGCAAAUAUGUGAAUGUGCUCUUUCUGAAACAUGCCAUACCAGCAUCUUUGAUGAGCCUACUAUGUGCCGCGGUGGCCUAUGUUCUUUUCCUCAUGGAACUUCUGCCUGAGUGGACUCAGGGUCCUUACCGUUGCAGUUGGUGUUCUUUUUCUGCAGCAGGAGCCUAUGUUUUGACAAUGUUGCUCAGCUGUCGGCAAGCGCGUGUCUUCCUUGACAUCGCUUGCAUCAAUCAAAAAGAUGCCCGGUUGAAGGCUCUUGGUCUUCUCAGCUUGGGUGCGAUGUUGAAGAGAUCGAAGUCUUUAUUGGUGCUUUGGGAUGCAACUUUCACUACAAGAUUAUGGUGCGUUUUUGAAUUUGGCGCCUUCCUGCACAGCCAUUCAGGUACAAAGCCCAGGCUCACAGUUGUCCCACCCCUGCAAGGGGCUGUGUGCUUGGGGUGCGGGUGCCUUCUAGCGACAAUGGUAAUUGCAGCGCAUUGGGGGGAAGACAUGGUGGAGGUCAAAUCCACGAUUGGGAUUUCUGUCGCCGUGCCAUCCUGUGUUCUUUUGACACAUAUGUUGCGAAUAUAUUGGCGCAGCAUCGAUGUCAUGAGACAACAAGCUUCCAGUUUCUGCUUUGAAGAGGCCAAAUGUGUUUGUUGUGAGCGAGAUCAUCCACAAGGCUUUUGCGACAAGGAAAUCAUCGCAAGGUGUAUCGUCGCAUGGUUUGGAUCCAUCCAACACUUUGAACAUCGAGUGCAAGCGGAGAUGGAGGUGACUUUGGCGCAGCAACUUGCAAAUGCAGCCUUUUCAUACGAUCGAAUGGUGCAGGCAGUGAUUCCUUGGAUCUGGUUGCAAAUGGAUGUAAGCGCCAGUCAUUCUGGAGACUGGACCGUGUGGACGCGUUGGGUUGAAUUGAGCAGAGCAUUGACCAUUGUGUUUGGAAUUCUUCCUUGCAUCAUGAAGUUUCUAUGUCACCUUACUUUCAUUCUGCGAGCCCAACAUUGCAGGAUGUGGGUUGAUGUGCUGUUGUCACUGGUGAUUUUUGUCCCUGUACCUGUCCUGUUCAGUGGGGCAAUCACCUUGGAAGAAUAUAUCGUGUGGUUUCUGAUUGACCAUCCAUAUGGACCUGUGUAUGGAAGCUUGCUAUCCUUGACGAUGUGGAGCACUAUCACUUUGCUAUUGUGGAAUUGCCUUCCGAUGCUAAAUUUAACAGGUGGAGCGCCACCAACUGACGCCGAUCAGGAACGAUCUUGAUUGCAAAUUUUAAGAUUCUGUGUUGGUGCGUCCAACAACAUUCACAAUAUUUUUUCUUAAUCACGAAAGGUAGCCCUUUAGGGGAUACCUUGAGUUUGUCUUGCGAAACAAGUGUUGGGACGUCCGGAUCUAAUAAUUGAUCACUCAAUUCAAACCCCCCCCC